AUGGUAGGCACUUCUCGGGCUUACCAGUCGUGCAAAAACUGUCUAGAAAAGGCUCGGAAGGUUUUACACCCAGAUCCGCAACUGGAAACAGUCCACCUAGCCCCAUCCGCACCAUCAGACUCGGAGGAGAUUGCAGAUGAAGACGAAGAUGACUUCUUCGUGGUUGAGGCUGACCAGAUAUCAACACGCUUUGUUGCCAUGGAGGAGAGCGGAGAGGUCCUGCGCUGGAUUCCAAACUGUGGAUCAGAGUUAGACGAAGCCAUGCCCGAAACCAUUAACACCGAGACGGACCUGGAGAGCUUUGCCUCGAAACUCCAGCGCUUUCACAACGAGGCAGUGGCUAGGAAGAAGCUUCAGAAGAACGACCGAAGCAGGGGAUACACUGGCCGCUUGACAACAACGCAGAAACGGCACUUGGACAAGCGGAUGGUGUGGAAACAAGGCGGCAACAAACUCAUCUCGGAGCUCUUCCCCGUGCAACCGCACCAACAUCGCAAUUCGGAGAGAGAGGUGAUCGAAGUGGCGGAUGAUUCGAGUGAUGAGGUCGAGCAGCCAGUGGAUGGAAUCGAAGUGGUGGAUGCUUUGAGUGAUGAGGCCGAGCAGUCAGCGGACGGCAAAGAUUCGGACGUGGUUAUGGUGGACGUGCAAGAUAGGAAAGGAUUGGAGGAUGAAGAGCCAAGUCAGGUUGCACAGGAGAACUUGGAAACGGAUGCACGCACCAGCUUGGAAAACGUCGAACCUGUCUCGCAGCCGCCAGAUCAGCCCAAUUCGGAUUUGGACACGACACAACCCUCCACCGCUCCAUCUGUGGAGGAGGCACGCGAAGCACUGAACAAGAUGCGAGCCGAAGCAGAGAGACUGGAGGCAGAGGGAGCCAUGUGGGAAGCAUCCGAAAGAGCUUUGAGCGCAUUGACGUGGCGUGAUUGGCCUGCACUUCAAAAAGCAUUAGAAGGGCUUUCUGUGAAGGCAAAAGACAAACGCAUCGACAUCCUCUACCGUGCCAGACUUAUGAGCAUGGUGGCGACUCUAAACCUCUUUCUUGAUAUUCAUUUCUACCUGAGCACUGGCGAGCUUCCGAUUCACUGCUACCGCAACUCUCAUCGCUGCAUUCUUGAUGACGAAGACUGUUCGUCCGAUCUCCAAACACAUCUCCUCGAGAAAGCAUCAUCUGGCUACUUCUCCGGCCGCGACGUCGUUGAAUGGGUAGAAAGUGAAGAGGUACAAAAGAAGUAUGAGGGCAAAAUCAAGAAAACGAUUCACAUCGCGACGGCGCACCGAUGGCUCAAGAAGUUGGAUUGGCGAUUCGGAGCCAAAGCCAAGGGCAUGUAUGUUGACGGGCAUGAGAGAGAGGACAUUGUCGAGUAUCGGAAGGGAUUUGUCAGGCGAUGGAAGGAAGAGUAUGAGCUCCGCAUGGUGUUGCAUGGGAAGGAUGGAGAGAUCAUCAGCGAACCACAUGGUUUUCUUGUUCCGCAAUGGCCGCGUUUCCGGCUAAUCCUUGUCACACAUGACGAGUCAACGUUCUUUGCUCGGGAUCGACGAAAACUGGUGUGGAAUAACAUGCUCAAAGGACCCGAGCCUGAGAGAAAGGGAGAGGGUGAAUCAAUUAUGAUCUCAGACUUUUUAACUCCUGAGUUUGGCCGCCUUAAAGACGGCGAGGAUGACGCGCGAUUGAUUUUUGAAGCUGGCAAGAAUCGUGAUGGCUAUUUUACCAAUGAGCAUCUCAUGGAACAAACGAGCCGUGCUAUCGACGUCUUUGAGGCCCGCACCAACCGCACAGCAACCGGGCUGUUCCUCUUUGACAAUGCUCCUAGCCAUCAAAAACGUGCCGCAGAUGCACUGACAGCCCGCUCAAUCUGCAAACGACCAUCGGCAACCUGGACACCUCAUCCCGGUGGACCCAAGAUGCGGAAUGGGUUCUUUGCUGAUGGUAGCGCGCAUGACUUCUAUUUUGCCUCAGAUCACCCGACCAUGGCUGGUUGGUUCAAAGGAUCUGAGCAGAUCCUGCGCGAGCAAGGGCUCUUUCAUGAGGGACUCCUAGGGAUGGGGGCCGUACCGUAUACGGUUACGGCCGUACUUUUGACGGCAGGUUACGGUACGGAUUGUGCCGUAUCCGUACCGUCAUGUCAUGAUCCAGAGGCUCCGACGGAACGGUACGGUUCCGUAUACGGAAUUUACGGCCGUAUACGGACACAAAGCUAUUCAAUGUAA